AUGCCACGAUCUUCUAAUCCAAAUCAUUCUCUUCGUCGUCCACAAUUAAAACAAUCAAUUUCAAGUGGGAAUGCUUUCAUUAUUCCAGCACCAGCACCACUAUCAGGAACGGACAAUAAAAGUGCAUCCACCACUAACUUGCUCAAAUUAGGCAGAUCUGAAUUAUCGCAUGGUACAAAUAGUGAUAUCAAAAACUUACCCGUAUUGCAAGAUAACUAUUAUCACGACGCUGCUGAUUCCAAUGACAAUGAAUCCAUUCUAGUGGACGUACUUCCCUCAUUUGAGAUGUAUAACGUAUUACAUAGACAUAUUCCUCAGGGCAAUGUCGAUCCAGAUAGGCAUGAAUUCCCACCCAAUUAUCAGGAAGAAACUACUAAUACUACUACUACACCCACCGUAGAGACACCCACAGCAACCUCAUCUGCAACAUCUUUGGACUUAGAGCAUUUACAAACAGUCCACUAUAUGAUGGAAGACGAUCUAAACGAUCAAGAUAAUAUUAUUAUAGAAAGAUUAUAUUCUUUACCCAAGUUAAAUGUAUCACCAAUCAAUAUUGAAAUUAAAAUUACUAAAAAUGCUUCUCAACCUCACGUUAAAUCGGAGGAAACCUCAAUUUUGAAAGAAUAUACAAAUGGUGAUAUAAUCCAUGGUUAUUGUACUAUCGAAAAUACCACUAAUCAACAUUUAAAAUUCGAAAUGUUUUAUGUAACGUUAGAAGGUUACAUUUCCAUCGUUGAUAGGGUACAGGGGAAGAGGACCAUCAAAAGAUUCCUUAGGAUGGUAGAUUUAAGUGCAAGUUGGUCGUAUACAGAUAUUGAUUUGAGUUCCGGUAUUGAUAUUAGAACUGGAGAGAUUGAUAAAUACGACAAUUGUGUAAUAGGUUUGAAAAAUAGUAGAAUGUUAGAACCAUUUACUAAAUAUAAGAAAUUUUUCAUGUUUAAGUUACCAAAUCAACUACUAGAUGUAGUUUGUAAGCAUGAAAUAUCAACACACGUCCUCUUACCACCAAGUUUGAACAUAGACAAAUUCAAAAAUUUUGGUAAAUAUGCCUCGAUUCAUAUGAAUGACGUAUUGGGUUGUGGACAUAACGGUAUGAAAGGUUCUCCAGUGUUGACCAAUGAUUUAUCAGACGAUAAUGUCUCGAUCAAUUAUACAAUAGAUGCCAAGAUUGUUGGAAAAAAUUUAAAUUCAUCAAAAUUAUUCAUUAUGAAGGAAAAAGAAUAUAAUCUUAGGGUAAUGCCAUUUCAAGUUGACUCCAGAUUAUUUGGUGAACGUACAUCGAUGAGACAAUUAAAUGAUUUACAAACAUUGAUUGAUGAAAGAAUAGCCGCAUUGAAAAACAUUUUCAGAAAACUCGAAAAUAAUAAACCAAUUAUAUCAUCUGAUAUUCAUGGAUUAUAUCUUAGUGGGAACUUUGAUGAUGCUACGAUCAACGAAUUAAAUUCACAAGAAAUUCUACAAAGAAAAUUGGAUCAACUGCAUAUUAAUAAUAGAUUAAAUAAUAACAAUGAAUUACUGUCAGAUUUCAAAAAUAUUUUACCAAAGGAAAAUACAAUUGAAGCACAAUUAAAUUAUAAAUUUAAAAAACAUUCAAGUAGCGGAUUUUUAUCUGGUAUAUUAAGUUCAGCUUCUUCCUCAUUAUCAUUGUCAUCUGUAAAUGAUAUUGCACACCCUACUGCAUCACAAACACCAACCUCGCCAAAUAUUAGUCACAGUAGUGCUAAUUCCACAAACAAUUCCGGUCUAAUUAUUGUACGAGCCAAUAUACCAACCAAAUCCUUGCCGUAUUGUUCACCAUCAUUACUUCGAAAGACUAACAAAUUUGAAAAUAAAAAUAAGCAUGAUCAAGAUAAUUGGGUGAGGUUAAAUACCACAAACAAUAUCGAACUCUUAGAUGAAAUCGAAUUAAAAUUGCUAUGUUUACAAUCAAACAAUAGUUUACCACAUGAACCCCCAUCUAUUCAUUCGAUUUCAUUACAAUUGGUCGCAAUUAAUAUUAAAUCAGAUUAUUCGAUACCAAUCAAGUUACAUAGUGAACUGUUACAAGAUAAAGAAAGACUGAAAAAUUUACAAAAAACAUUUAAAAAUUAUCAUCGUGAAACAAAUGAUUUCAAAUCAAGAUUUGAAAGUGAGUCAACGAAAUUGAAUGAAUUGUAUAAUAUUGGUAGGCAAUCUCAUAAUUUGAGACAUUUAAAUUUUGAAGAUUUUAUUUCAGAACAAAUUGAAAGUGACAUUUUGAGUUUAAUCGAUCUGAAAGUUCAUACCACCGAAGUUAAUGAUUUCUUUAAGAAACAUAAGCAAAUGGGUGAAAAUACAUCGUCAUGGACAAAAGUUAAUGACUUACAGUUUGAGAAAAACUUGAAAAUCAAACUUGAAAUUAACAAAGACAUGAAUGAGACUAUAAUACCGAAUUUUGAAAGUUGUUUAUUCGGUAGGUUUUAUUGUAUUGAAGUUACAAUCAAAUUUGAUCGUCAUAUUGGUUCAACGAAAUUGAGUAUACCAAUUAAUAUAAAGAAUUUGAUAUAG